AUGCGUCUUAGAACAUCGGUUGUUUUCCGUGGGAGUUUACUGGCCACCACAGGAAGACGCAAUGAAUCUAAAAGUCUCGAUUGUCAUCAAAAGUUUCUUCCACUGGAAAUUCGGGGAUUGAAUGACCUUAAGCCCAGAGACAACAGACAUAUAUUUUCCAAAGAAAAACCAGUUAUUUUGCACGAAAGAUUCCGCGAUUUUAUCGAUUGGACAAAUAUAUGGCCAGCUGCUGCUACAUUCCACCACUCUCUUGUUCCUUUUCGAGUUCGUCAAGGCUCUUGUAAAAAUUUGUCAGAAAACGAAGGUUUUCCCCCUGAAAAGUACGCAAAUGCUGAACUAAUGAAAAUCCCCAACUUUUUACAUCUCACCCCCCCACACAUUAAAAAGCAUUGUGAUGCGUUAAAAAAAUUUUGCACCUUAUGGCCUUCUGGUUUGAAUUCGAAUGAAACAGUUGAAAAACAUUACCCUGUUGUAAUAGUUAACCGCUCCUACGUAUUUGCCUCUUCAAAUAUACGUGACCCUCGUUCCCGUUUUGUAACUCUUCAGAUACGCCUUUCUAACCUUUCGUUGGACGAACAUGCUAGAAGAAAGCUUUUACGGCUUGCGAUAGGUCCUGGUCCAGGUCGCAAUAUUGCAACAUAUGACUGGAAUACAGAUAUCUUAGAGUUAACCUCAGCGAGGUGUCCAACAUCAAAGCAGAACUCCGACUUUUUAAUAUACUUAUUGACAGUUCUUACUAUGGAAUCAAAAAAAACUGAAAAAUGGGAAAUAGAUAAUCCGGAAUAUGAUUGGGUACAAUUUGAUUGGGAUAAAAGUGAAACACGCCGUCGUCUUUUCAACUUACUUUCAUUGUGCGAUAGUGAACAAGUUAUCAAAAAAAAUCAAAUAAAAGAAAGGGAUUUCACAACCGAACUUGAAUCUAAUCCUGCAAUUGUACAGUAUCGAAAAGCAUUAAAAUCUAUAUGGUCUGGAAACGAUAUACUCAAUGGUGAUCAAUGGGUUAAACGACCUGAUCCACCUAAAUAUCGACAUGGUCGUCUUCGACCUAUUCGAAAUAUACCAUUCGUAACGGUACCGGGUGCAGAUGAGAAAAAUAAUUUGGAAGAAUACGCUUCAGCAACACGAAAUCUAUUUGGAUUAGAUACUGAAAUACAACAGUCAAAUUUGUAG